AUGCCUGCUUGGCUUCUCCCCAUGGCGAGGGGCUGGGCGCUGGCCGGGAAGUUCUCUGCACCCUCCCUGCAAGUGAAGGCUGUCUCUGAUGUACAGGAUCCACAGUACUUUACAAAUGAAGCCUGCGUUUUCUCUUCUGAAGACUCCAUCCUACCACUUCUGCAUCUGGUCGAGGUUUACACUACACCCGAAAUCUCUCCCCAUGAUUCACCUGCGGGGAGUUCCCUGCGGCUCAGCCAGGGGCCAAACUGUCUUUCAAGACUGGGCCACACACGUCUCAGGGGUGAGCCGUGGGGGUGGAGGGCUCAGCCUGGGCAGCUCUCGUCUGCAGCCGGCUCACAGGAACCCUCUGCUCAGAAGGUGCAGCCACACCCUCCACUCCGGGCCAACAACCGGGCCUGGGCCUCCUCCAGGUCCUCUCUGCUCUGGCCGGAGCAGCGUCCACCUCCUCAGGCCCCCCGGGCUGCCCUCCGGCUCCAGCUGGGUAGCCCCAUGAGACCUGGAAACUGCAAGUCCCAGCGAUGA